AUGGCGGCAAUGGAGGAGCUGGAGAUUCACAGCAAGUCGUACUUCGUGCGAUGGAUCAACGUCAGUGCCAACCACACCAUCUCGUGGAGCAUUCAACCGCACAAGAAGUCGGUGAACUUCGGUAUCUUCAAGCAUCCCGGCCAGUCGAGCCUGGGCUCCCACCUGCCUGCCUCCGAUUCCCAGAGUACCGAUUCGACCGAGAACUUGCCCGCGACAGCCGCCAAUCCUGGCUCCCGCAACCAACAAUCCACCGUCAUUGAGAAGCUGACCGCCAUUGGGCUCAAGUCCAUCAAGUGGAUUGGCAAAUGCGAGGCCGACCGGAUCUCGCAGGGGACUUACGAUGUGCCGGCCAGUGAGGGGGGCAACUACGCGCUCGUCUUCGACAACACCUUUUCCAAACAGAUCUCCAAGACGGUCACCCUCGUGCUCCUGACCUAUCCGACCGGCCUGAAACCUCAUGGCUCCGCUCCGCCGUCUAUAGCGCGCUCCCACACAGGCGGUUCGUCCGAUUCCCUACCCCAGCCCCGAACACGUCGACGCGAGAACAGCAAGUCCACCCUGAACGCGCAACUGUCAGACUCGUCGGGUUCUUCGACAGUGCACUCGGGAGUACUGCAGAAACGCCGACGGAAGCGACACCAGGGGUGGGCGCGUCGAUUUUUCUCACUAGACUUCACUUCGUCCACCCUAUCCUAUUACCAUGAUCCCAACUCGUCCGCCCUUCGCGGUGCCAUCCCGCUCUCACUGGCGGCGGUAGCUACCAACGAGAAGUCCCGCGAGAUCUCUAUCGACUCAGGAACUGAGAUCUGGCAUCUCCGUGCGAGCAAUGAUCAAGACUUUGUAGCCUGGAAGCGCGCGUUGGAGAAAGCUUCGUCCAAGGACUCGUCCAAGGAGCAUGAACUUUCCGUUGUCGAGCCCUCGCUGCUCCGCCUAACCACCCCGGCAUCCUCCUCGCCCGCAGAAGAGGCUGAGUGGAAGCAGGUCGAGCGCCUGGUCAGCAAGGUGUCCGGCUCACGCGAUGCAGUGCGCCGCCUGGCCAGGGAUACUGAUCCCAAGUAUCUUGUGUCUCCGAUCCCGUCUCCCAUGGAGCCGCGGGGUCGCGACCGGGGUCGCGACCGCUCCGCGAGUCCCCAGCCUGCUGCUUCGGAUGCACACAGCGCGGAUUCUAGGCGGCCAUUCUGGAAGCGCAAGACCAGUGGGAACUCGCAGGCCAGCGCUAAAAGAGCUCCGGGUCCAGAGCAUACCAACUCCAGUUCGUCCCAGCUAGUUGUUCCUAGUAAAGACGGAGCCGGCAAGCCGGCAAGCAUUGCCAGCCAUGCUGAUGGCAUGGAUGAGAUUCAUGAUCAUCUGAUAGCUGUGUUGCGCGACCUAGACAACGCGGUAUCUGAGUUCUCGAUCUUGAUCGCUGGGAGCAAGCAGCGCCGACACCCGCCUGCCCUCACUCCGCGCAAGAGUAUGGAGUCAGAUGUCUCGCAGGAAUUCUUCGAUGCAACGGACGGUGGUGCAGCGUCUCCGCUCCUGACUAUCCAGGAUAGCGAUGAGGAAGACGCUACUGCAGACAGGGCAGCGGAUGCGGCCGAGAAUGUAGAAGAUGAUGCACCAUCAGACAGUGACGAUGAGACCCAGUCUGCUGCUCUGCACGACACAAGCAGUGCCUCUCCCUUGUUCCCGGCUCGUCCAAAGUCUCUUGCCCCGUUACCUCUUGACAAAGUACGCCGGCGUCAAAACAUCACCGCACCAACAGUCAUGCCUCCUAGUUUGAUCGGGUUCCUACGCAAGAACGUCGGCAAGGAUCUGUCCACGAUAUCGAUGCCAGUCUCCGCGAACGAGCCCUUAUCCCUGCUUCAGCGCGCAGCAGAGAUCCUCGAAUAUUCCUCGCUCCUCGACCAAGCGGCGCAAGCCUCCGACCCCGUUGAACGCCUCAUGUACGUAACCGCCUUCGCCAUAUCCUCGCUGUCUAGCAACCGCGUGCGCGAGCGGUCCAUCCGCAAACCCUUCAACCCCAUGCUGGGCGAGACCUACGAGCUCGUCCGGGAAGAUCAAGGCUUCCGCUUUAUCUCAGAAAAAGUCUCCCACCGGCCCGUCCAACUCGCCUACCAAGCCGACAGCCGCGAAUGGAGCCUUGCACAGUCGCCCAUGCCCAGUCAAAAGUUUUGGGGCAAAUCCGCUGAGAUCACGACCGAGGGCCGCGUGCGGAUCACCCUGCACGCCACUGGCGACCGCUUCAGCUGGACGCCCGCCACCUCCUUCCUGCGGAACAUCAUCGCCGGUGAGAAAUACGUCGAGCCUGUCGGUGAGCUGGCUGUCACCAACGAGUCUACCGGCCACCGCUCCAUCUCCACCUUCAAGGCCGGCGGCAUGUUCUCCGGCCGUAGCGAGGAAGUCUCCACCCGCGCCGUGGACUCAUAUAACAAGCCCGUCGCGCUGGGUCUGGUCGGUACCUGGCCCGCCGCGUUGAACCUUACCCGCGACGGCAGCCCGUCUGGCAAGCCCAUCUGGACGGCCGGCCCGCUCGUUCCCAACGCGCCCAAGCACUACGGGCUGACGGCCUUCGCUGCCGCCCUGAACGAGAUUACCCCCAUCGAGAACUCGCACCUCCCGCCUACGGACUCCCGGCUGCGCCCGGACCAGCGGGCGCUGGAGGAGGGCGACCUCGAUCGUGCGGAGGAGAUCAAGGUCCAGCUGGAAGAGGGCCAGCGCGCGCGCCGCCGCGAGAUGGAGGCUGCGGGUGAGAGCUGGACGCCGCGCUGGUUUACGCGGGUGAGUGAUGAUUCAGAUGGGGAGGCUGCGUGGCGGUUGAAGGGUGGGAAGGAUGGAUAUUGGGAUGAAAGGGCCAAGGGGAGUUGGUCGGGAGUUGUGCCCGUUUUUGAGGGCUGA